UGCAUACGCUCAUAAUUACUCACAAUUACUCAUGACACAGUUGCUCAUGGACUUUCUUCCCUCCAGGGUGAGCUCUCCUUAGCACAAGACCAGUACGACACCAACAUGACUUUACCAGAAUCGAACCGCGCUUGCGUCUGGGUGGGUGCCAGAAAGGUCGAGGUCCAGCAGCGGCCCGUGAAACCUGUCGGUGCCAACGAUGUGCUCGUCAAGAUCAUCUCGACGGGCAUCUGCGGAUCCGAUUGCCACAACUACGAGAGUGACAAAGUGUCGCGCCAGCUUGUCCUGGGCCACGAAUCAUCCGGAAUCAUCGAGCAGGUCGGCCCUUCUGUCACAGAUCGCACGGUCGGGCAGCGGGUCGCUGUCGAGCCGGGAUUCGCCUGCAUGGAUUGCGAGUUCUGCCUGCGUGGCAACCCCAACACCUGCGCCAACCUCAGGUACUGCGGCAUGGACCCGACCGACGGCACGCUAUGCCAGUACGUGACUUGCAGGGCGUCCAUGACGGUGCCAAUCCCCGAUCGCAUAUCCUGGGAAGAAGCCGGGUCUAUUCAGCCGCUGGCUAUUGCCGUCCAGCUGGGCAGGCGUGCCAACCUCGGCGCCCACCAGAGCCUCGCCAUCUUGGGCUGUGGCCCACUGGGGCUCCUCAUACUCGCUGUCGCCAGGGCCUAUGGCGUCAAGAAGAUCGUCAUGUUCGACGUUGAGCAGUCUCGAGUCGACUUCGCCGUCAAGUAUGGUGCCGACGCUGGCCUUGUGCCGCCCGCGCGAGAACAGUCAAAGGAGUCGUUGGCCUUUGCGCAGGAGUAUGCGACCAAGGUCAUCAAGGAGCACGGCAUGAGUAACGGCUUUGACGUGACUGUGGAGGCGUCGGGGGCUGAGAUAUGUGCGCAGAUGGCACUAUGCUUGCUGAAGAAUGGUGGGACGUGCAUACAGGCUGGCUUGGGCAAGCCGCUUACCUCUGUCCCGCUGUUCAUGCUGACAGCCAGGGAGCUGACCAUCAAAGAUGCCAUCGACCUUUUGGCUCGAGGCAAAGUGGACCUCAAGCCGCUCAUUACGUCUACUUUCCCCUUGACCAAGUGUGCAGAAGCGUUCGAGGCGCAGCAUGCGCGUAAGGAUAUCAAGAUCAUCAUUAUGAACCAAGAGUAA